CUGAAGGAGAAGGUCUGAGAGCAGCAGGACAGGAACCAGACCCGCUGCAGACCCGCUGCAGACCCGGUCCAGACCCGGUCCAGACCCGCUUCAGACCCGGUCCCAGCUCCGCGGGCACGAGCCUCACGCACCGGGACGCGCACAGACAGGAGGAUGUCCGCCUCGGAGGACACGGACGGGCUCCGGCCCAGAUACGGCUCGGUCCUGGACCAUGUGGAGCGUCUCACGGCCGAGGAGAUGGACGAGCAGCGGCAGCAGAACAUGGCCUACGAGUACCUGUGUCACCUGGAGGAGGCCAAGAGGUGGAUGGAGGCGUGUCUGGACGAGGAGUUACCUCCCACCACAGAGCUGGAGGAGGGGCUUAGGAAUGGCGUCUAUCUGGCCAAACUGGGAAACUUCUUUGCCCCACGAACCGUCUCCUUGAAGAAGAUCUACGACCGCGAGCAAACACGCUACAAGGCCACAGGUCUGCACUUCAGACACACUGACAACGUGAUCCAGUGGCUGAACGCCAUGUCGGAGAAGGGGCUUCCGAAGAUCUUCUACCCGGAGACCACGGACAUCUACGACAGGAAGAACAUGCCGCGCUGCAUCUACUGCAUCCAUGCUCUCAGCCUGUACCUGUUCAAACUGGGCCUGGCUCCUCAGAUCCAGGAUCUGUACGGAAAAGUGGAUUUCACCGAGGAGGAGAUCAACAACAUGAAGAGCGAGCUGGAGAAGUAUGGAAUCCAGAUGCCGGCCUUCGGCAAGAUCGGAGGGAUCCUGGCCAACGAGCUGUCGGUGGACGAAGCUGCACUUCACGCUGCUGUGAUCGCCAUCAACGACGCCAUCGACCACGGCGUCCCCGAGGGCACGCUGGCCGCCAUGGAGAACCCCAACGCCAUGCUGGUCAACCUGGAUUCCAACGCUGCUCGCCAGUACCACGACACGUUGUACCAGGCCAAGGGAGCGAAGGUGGCCAGCUCACGCAAACGGCAAAUGGAAAACGCCGAGGCAGAGAGAGACAUCUACGACGAGCUCCUCACUCAGGCUGAGAUCCAGGGCAACGCCAACAAGGUCAACGUGAGCAACGCCCUGAGCGCCGCUGAGGAGGCGCUGCUGAGCGGGAAGGAGGAGCAGCUGUACGAGGCGCUCCGGGCCAUGGGCCUUCAGAACCUGCAGCCACAGAACAAGGGCUGGUACCUGAAGCAGCUGCAGGCCGACAGGGAGAACAAGGAGCAGACGUCUCCAGGAGAAGCUCUCACGAAGGACGAGCUGCAGAGCGGCGUGCACGUGGCCAACGAGGUUGCAGAAGGUUACCUGAAGAUGCUGAAGGCCGUGGAACGCAUCAACGCCGCCAUCAGAGCCGGAGAACCAGAGGGAACCGUGGAGGAGCUGAUGAACCCGGACGCUCAGCUGCCAGAGGUUUACCCCAACGCCGCCGAGCUCUACCAGAGAGAGCUGAGCAGCCUGCAGCAGCAGAGCGCAGAGGGCUCGCUGUCCCACCCCGAGCUGCUGGUUGCCGUGGAGAUGCUGUCCUCCGUGGUGCUGAUGAACGAGGCGAUGGACACGGGCGAUCGAGCCGCUCUCUGGAAGCAGCUGUCCAGUCCCGAGGCCGGCCUGAGUAACGUGGAGGACGAGUACGCUCAGAGGUACAUGGAGGAGCUGAUGCGUCUGAAAGCCGCGGCGCGCGAGCAGGGCGGAGCCUACCUGACGUGGAACGACAUCCAGGCGUCCGUGGACCAGGUGAACCUGACGGUGCAGGAGGAGCACGAGCGCAUCGCCGCCAUCGGGCUGAUCAACGAGGCGCUGGACGAGGGGGACGCCAUGAAGACCCUCGCCACGCUGCAGAGCCCCCCCGCCAAGCUCACUGACGUGGACCCGUCUGUGGCUCAGCACUACCACGACAAACUGCUGGAGGCCCGCCGGGAGAAGGCCCACGAGACUCAGGACCCGUCUGCUGUUCUGUGGCUGGACGAGAUUCAGGACGCUGUUCUGGGAUCGAACCAGGACACACAGGAGGCCAUACAGUUCGCUCAGUCCAUCCAGGACAUCAACCGGGCGGUGGACGGGGGGGAAGCGUCUCAGACCCUCGCCGCCCUGCGUCACUCGGGGGCGGGGCUUUACGGAGUGACCUCAGAGUGCGCCGGGACGUACCAGGACGACCUGACCUCCGUCAAACAGGAGAAGAAGAAAGACGGUGAUAAUGGCAGUGAAUGGGUGAAGCACUGGGUGAAGGGAGGACACAACUAUUACUACAACCUGCAGAGCAGCGAGGGCACGUGGGAGGAGCCUGAGGGUUUCCUGCAGAACAACACGCAGCUCAACAAAGACGACAUCCAGUCUGUGGUUUCCGGGGUAACCACGGCCUACAACCGCGAGCAGCUGUGGUUGGCCAACGAGACUCUGAUCACUAAGCUGCAAGCCCGUUGUCGUGGUUACCUGGUGAGGAACGGCCAGAAGGAGAGGAUGAACUUCCUCAUAUCUCAGGAUCCGGCUGUUACCAGCAUCCAGGCUCACUGGAAGGGCUACAAGCAGAGGAAGAAGUUCAAAGAUCGUAAACAGUAUCUGAAAGAUCAUUCUGCAGACGCUGUCAAGAUCCAGUCCAUGGUUCGGAUGCAUCAAGCUCGUAAGAAGUACAGGGAUCGUCUGAAGUACUUCCAAGAUCACAUCAAUCAGGUGGUGAAGAUCCAGGCUUUCAUCCGGGCCAACAAGGCCAGGGACGACUACAAGACGCUGACCAGCGCUGCCGACCCCCCGAUGGCCGUGGUGAGGAAGUUCGUCCACCUGCUGGACCACAGCGACCAGGACUUCCAGGAGGAGCUGGAGCUGAUGCGUCUCCGCGAGGAGGUGGUCACCAACAUCCGCUCCAACCAGCAGCUGGAGAACGACCUGAACCUGAUGGACAUCAAGAUCGGCCUGCUGGUGAAGAACAAGAUCACACUGCAGGAGGUGGUGUCGCACAGCAAGAAGCUGACCAGGAAGAACAAGGGCCAGCUGUCCAACAUGAUGAUGAUGAACAAGCAGAGAGGAGGCCUGAAGGCGCUGAGCAAGGAGAAGAGGGUCAAACUGGAAGCUUACCAGUUCCUCUUCUACCUGCUACAGACCAACCCCACGUACCUGGCCAAGCUCAUCUUCCAGAUGCCUCAGAACAAAUCCACCAAGUUCAUGGACUCUGUCAUCUUCACCCUGUACAACUACGCCUCCAACCAGAGGGAGGAGUACCUGCUGCUGAAGCUCUUCAAGACGGCGCUGCAGGAGGAGAUCAAGUCGAAAGUGGACCAGAUGAAGGAGAUCGUCACAGGAAACCCAACGGUCAUCAAGAUGGUGGUGAGCUUCCACCGAGGAGCACGAGGACAGAACGCUCUGCGGCAGAUCCUGGCGCCCGUCAUCAAAGAGAUCAUGGAAGACAAGACGCUCAACAUCAAGACGGACCCGGUGGACAUCUACAAGAGCUGGGUGAACCAGAUGGAGACGCAGACCGGGGAGGCCAGCAAGCUGCCGUACGACGUGACUCCCGAGCAGGCCAUGGCCCACGACGAGGUGAGGACACGCCUGGAGGCGUCCAUCAAGAACAUGAAGACCAUCACCGACAAGUUCCUGUCGGCCAUCGUCGUGUCCGUGGAUAAAAUUCCGUACGGGAUGAGGUUCAUCUCCAAGGUGCUGAAGGACACGCUGCACGAGAAGUUCCCGGACGCCACGGAGGACGAGCUGCUGAAGAUCGUGGGGAACCUCUUGUAUUACCGCUACAUGAACCCGGCCAUCGUGGCCCCCGACGCCUUUGACAUCAUCGAGGUGUCGGCGGGCGGCCAGCUGACCACCGAGCAGAGACGCAACUUGGGCUCUGUCGCCAAGAUGCUGCAGCACGCCGCCUCCAAUAAGAUGUUCCUGGGGGACAACGCCCACCUCAAUCCCAUCAACGAGUAUCUCAGCGCCUCGUACCUGAAGUUCAGGCGUUUCUUCUUGGCAGCGUGUGAUGUUCCCUCGCUGGAAGACAAGUUCAACGUGGAUCCGUACUCAGACCAAGUCACCGUCACUAAGCCAGUCAUCUACAUCUCCAUCGGAGAGAUCAUCAACACGCACACACUGCUGCUGGACCAUCAGGACGCCAUCGCUCCCGAGCACAACGACCCGAUCCACGAGCUGCUGGAGGACCUGGGCGAGGUUCCCACGGUCGAGUCGCUCAUCGGUGAAAACCCUCUUCCUCCUGACGACCCCAGCAAAGAGCUGAUGGGGAAGACGGAGGUGUCGCUCACACUCGCCAACAAGUUUGAUGUCACCGGCGAGGCCAACACGGAGAUGGACGCCAAGACGCUGCUGCUCAACACCAAGAGGCUCAUUGUGGAUGUGAUCCGGUUCCAGCCUGGAGACACGCUCACUGAGAUCCUGGAUUCGGCAGCGAGUCCAGAACAGGACGUGGAGUACCAGCGCGCCAUGCAGCGCCGGGCCGUCCGAGACGCCAAGACUCCAGAGAAGAUGAAGCAGGUCAAACCGGUGGUGGACGACAGCCUGACGCUGCUGGGGAAGAAAGACAAGAUCAGAAGCAACCUGCAGCGCCUGGCCGAGCUGGGGAAGGUUCACCCCGAGAGCCGCUACCAGGACCUCAUCAACGACAUCGCCAAGGACAUCAGAAACCAGAGACGCUAUCGUCAGCGCAGAAAAGCCGAGCUGGUGAGACUCCAGCAGACCAACACGGCCCUGAACUCAAAGUCUGCGUUCUACAACGUGCAGAUCGAUUCCUACAACCAGUACAUCAAGACCUGCAUGGACAACCUGGCCAGCAAGGGCAAGUUGUCAAAGAAAACAAGCGACAACAAAACCAAGAAGAGUAAACAGGUUUCACAGAAGUACACGGCCGCUCGUCUCCAUGAGAAGGGCGUGCUGAUCGCCAUCGAGGACCUGCAGCCCAACCAGUUCAAGAACGUGAUCUUCGAGAUCUCGCCCUCCGAGUCGGUGGGGGUCUUCGAGGUGAAGGCCAAGCUGAUGGGGGUGCACCUGGAGACGCUACAGUUGGAGUACCAGGACCUGCUCCAGCUGCAGUACGAGGGCGUGGCCGUGAUGAAGCUCUUCGACCGCGCCACCAUCAACGUCAACCUGCUCAUCUUCCUGCUCAACAAGAAGUUCUACGGGAAGUAGAGACACUGAUGGAACCACCAAGCUCCGCCUCCUGCUUCACACACAUUCCCUCCUGCACUCGUCUCAUGUGCUCAUUCAUGUGCAUUAUUUUUAUUAUGUGUUUGUGCUUCAACCGGAGCGAACAGAAGCUUCUAGAGUUAACGUGUGUAGCUGCAGCUCAGCCACAGGUCUACCAUGAUGUGUAUUAUUUUUGCUUGAGAUGUGUUGAAUGUGUCGUGCAUGGGCUGGAAUAUAAACACGUCUGUUUUAUGUGGAGGUCACGUUUUCUGUCUCUUAGUUGAUAAUCGAUCUCCUGAUGAACGUAGGUUCUCUUCCUGACCUUCUGUCUCUUUGUGUUUCUGUUGGAGACUCAUUGCAAAGAGAAACUUUAUGAUUCAACUCUUUUCUUCCCUCACUUGAUUUGGAUUCGACCCUCAGCUGAUCAUCAUUCAGCCUGAUGACUUUCUUAAUUUGAAUUGAAGAAUUCGAAUUGAAUUAUUGGAAGAGAAUAACUUCCUGUUCCAGGUCAAGGCUGUGAUGUUGGUUUGUGUUGGACUGACCCUGAUGAUCAGCAGUGUGUGUGUGUGUGUCUGUUUCAUUCAGCAGCACAGUCACUCAUGAUUCACUGGAAUUCUAUUUGUUCUACUUGUUAUUAUAAAAUCAGUUUGGUACAAAUGCUACAAAACAAAGUUUCCUUGAUAUUGGAUAUGUUGUCAUGAUAUUUCUUCUGUAGGUGGAAGCCCGAGCUCCACUUCCUCUCUUUCAGUGCUUAAGUGUAUUUGACUUGUUGUAGAAUAAAGUGCUGAAGACGUAAA